CUACCUAUUUGCAUCUAUGCCUCUCGACCGCGUAUGGUAGAAAUUCGAUCCAGCCCGCAUGAAACAAUUUUUAACUUCCCUUCCAGUUAUAUGACUCUCACACACAGCUUCUGGAAAUCAUGCUGCUCGGUUGAAAUUUUAGGAGGGAAGGAUCAGCGGAUAACCUCAGAACAGCGAGGGAGAGGAAAACUUUUUGAAACCAAGUAGAGACAGGAAAAAGUUUUGAAAAAUAAGUGGUGCACUUGGAUUGAUUUUAUCAUUUUCGCAAAUUGAUAUCUUCAUUUAUACGCUCAUAUCUGAACGGUGAUGGUAGAAGAAGAUAAAUGGAGUGUGUUGUGCAGGGCAUUAUAGAGGCGCAGCAUGUUGAGGCUCUCGAGAUCCUUCUUCAGGGUCUCAGUGGUGUUCCUAGAGAACAUUUUAAGAUUCACGAGUUAUGCCUGAAAAGUGGACCCAACCUUGGAGCUGUAAGCUCUGAAGUGCGACUCUUAUGCAAUUUGGAACGGCCCGAACCAUCUUGGACAGUGCGCCACAUUGGUGGUGCCAUGAGAGGUCCAGGGGCUGAGCAACUCUCGGUGCUUGUGAGGACCACUACAGAGAGUAAAGUGAGCAAGAAUGCGCUUCGAUUCUUUUAUGCUCUCGGGUACAAGCUGGACCAUGAGCUCUUGAAAGUGGGCUUUAUGUUUCACUUCCAUAGAGUUGCUUUGAUCACUGUGACUGUAACUUCCACUAAUAAAAUGCCAAAGCUCCAUGUGAUUGAGGAAGCCAUUCCAGUAACCCCAGGGAUGCAAUUGGUUGAAGUGUCGGCGCCAGCUACUGCGGAUAACUACAAUGAGGUGGUGGCAGCGGUUUCAUCGUUUUGCGAAUAUCUUGCACCGCUUUUGCACCUUUCAAAACCUGGCCAUUUGACUGGAUUGGUACCAACUGUGGCUGCUGCCGCCGCGUCUCUCAUGUCAAAGGGGAGCGGGCAAGUGUUAUAGACUUAUAGACAAUGCCAUAUUUGAAGGUGAAUGUGAGAGUUACUUGUUUUUAUGGCUCCUUUAUAAACAGCCACUGUUGCAAGUUUAGGAUUUGAGCAAAUUUCAGGCCUGCGUUAUAUUGGAAUGGUUUCAGUGUUGCAAAAAAUUAUUAGGCAUCUGUAAAUGAUUACUUCUCUGUGAAUUUGUGUUUCUAUUUUCUUGUUGAACAGUUUGAAUAUUUGCAAAAAUUUGUCUUUUGUAAAUGAUAACGCGCCUUUGAUUUUGUGUUC